CGGUUGAGAGGUGGUUCCAAAAACAUAACCACCUAGCUCUCCUACAAAAAGGAAACACAAAAGGAGAAGGAGCUGUGCCCAUUGACUGAUAGCACCUGGUAGCCUCUAAGGUAAAAUUGCUGGCUGCAGCUUCCUGAAGCUCUACAUAUCUCUAUCCAGCUUGCCUUGGGCAUCAAUCAUCUUGUUCUCCGCCAUGAAGUCCCUCUUAUUCUGUUGCCUCUUUGGCACUUUCUUAGCUACAGGCAUGUGUCUUGAGUGUGAUAUUUGUUUUGGGCUGGGCCGGAAAUGUAACACCUGGACGAAAACCUGUGAUGCUAAUCAAGAUGCUUGUGUUACCUUUCAAACUGAAGUGAUAAGAGCCCCUGUGUCCCUCUCUUUGAUUUCAAAAUCCUGUGGUACUUCUGACACUUGCCAUCUUAACUACCUGGAGACGAGUCCACAUAAUGAACUAACGGUGAAGACCAAAAGAACCUGCUGUACUGGGGAGGAAUGUAAAACUCUGCCACCGCCUGUGCUUGGAGACAAAGUCAGCCCACCCAACGGACUUCAGUGUCCUGGAUGCUUUGGAUUGUCCUCAAAAGAAUGCACUGAACACCCGGUUUCCUGCCGGGGAUCUGAAAACCAGUGUUUGUCCAUAAUUGGGAAGGAAUUUGGCCUUUUCUUCAGAGCAUUGUCUUAUAAAGGAUGUGCUACGGAGAGUCUGUGCACUUUAUUUGAGAAGAAGUUCUGGAAUGUUU